UGGAAACCUUGAAAUGACUCGCCUUAAAAAAAUUAUGCGCAUGUUUCAAUUUGGCCUUCAUCAUUUUUCAUCUAUCGUCUAAAGAAAUGCUUCGUUUUUCGUAAAGAAAUGCAUUCGUUUUAUUAAAUUCAAAUGGAUUUUACGAUGAUAAAAAAUAUGGUCAAUUCUGCAACGUAGCUAUAUAGUUUUCAAAGAUAUUUCCGAAUUCUUCCAUAAAAAUAAGGGUAAACCAAUGUCAACUAGAAUGUUUUGCUGAUCUAAGAGGCGAGCAUACGGAUGAAUCAUUUCGGCAUACUGUCUCAAAUGAAGCUACAAUACCAUAAUCGAUUGCUGCAUGCCUUCCAUAUGAUCCUUCGUGGGUGUAAUCAUAUCUAUUUCCACUGAAUAUGCUCUGUAUUGCUAAAUCAGUUAUUUGUCAAUAAUAAAAAUUACUGGCUUAAUAAUUUGACAACGAAGCCAAAUCAAUAUGAGUCCUCAAUGAAAUCAAGAGUUUAUCAUGGCCACGAACAUUUAAAAAAAUUAAGACAAGUUUGUAUCAUGAAGGCAUUUUACUAUUCAACUUAAAUACAAUGUUGACUUUAAUCAAAAAUGUAUUACUGAAAUGGUCUACUUACUCUUUCUGAAAAGAGAAAAGGAGGACUUUUGGGUGUUUAUACUGCUGCAUAAUCUAAAUCUUCUUCACUAUAUCACCAUUGAAGAACCCAUGAUGUCAUAAAGAGAAAUUAGAAAACAAUCAAAUGGACUUCGACAUAUAGGAAUGUUAAUUUCAUCAAUUAAUUUUGAAACCAGAGUGAUUGAAACCAUUUUGAUUAUUUUUAAAAAAUAUUAGAAUAGAUAUUUAAAAAAAAUGCUUCUGUGUGAUUUUGAAAAUGAGACUGUCUCUUGAUAGCAGGUAUAUAAAAGCCUUCUUCGUUUUCUUGUAAAUUAGUCACGAAACCAAGGAAAGAAAAGUAUUACCAUAGAUGAGCUUGAGCUUGAAAAAUGACUUAUUUUAAUUCGAUGCUUGCGACCUAAGUAUUAUUUUACAUAAAGUGACGAAAAACAUCUGGAGCUCUGUCUCUUUCAACAGCACCGGAACUAUGUGUCAGCUGUGCUAGAGGAAUAGAUCGCGAUUUGACCUUGCUUUUCUACUUUCCACGAAACUGUCGAUGAUAAGAAAUACUUCGAGCAUCUAUCAUAUCAAUUAAUCUCUUAUCAGAAACAAAUAGAAGAAAGACAAUAGAGCUCGUUCGCGCUCGACGAAUGAUUUGUAGGUCUUUAUAAAAUCCAAUGGAAGGCCCACAGCGUUGUUUAGGACUUAAGCAAGUUUUUGCAAUUUUGGGUAUUUUAUCUGGAGCUUCGAUCUUCGUUUCGUUCGCAGCUUUGAAGAAUGUCAAUGCAGCUUUAUGGGGGCUUCUAUCAGGAAUUUUUGCUGCUAUAGUUCUUAAUCUACAUAUAAAUUACAGAAGAAGAGUUUUACAUCUCAAAUACACUCCUGAAAGCCUUCGGAUAGUUAAACUAUGUGGACUAGUUCUGAGUAUUGUAACGCUAACAGCUUCUAUUGUUUACUUUAUACUAAUGGCUGUUUAUCAUCAAGGAUAUAAACUUGAAGGAAAUGGUUAUGCUCCAGCCGCAAUUUUCGCCCUUUUAGCUUUGAAAUGGACCGUAAUGAUGUUUUUUGAAGGAAGAAAAUAUCAAAGGUUCUUAGUGGCGAGUGCAACAGAAGGUACACCUAUUGUUAAUGGCGGACCAACAUCACCACCACCGCCAUAUGAGGCUAUAAAGCCUUAAAAUUACUAUUCAAAUCAGUGCAUAAAAUGCUUCACAGUACUACUUGGUUUAUGAAAAUGAUGAUCCAGGGAUUUUUUUUAUUUAUUUUUUAUUCUGUGAUAAAUCAAUGAAAUCAGCAUCUGUGACUGUAUUAUUUAUGUGAUAAACUGUAACAGCAUUAUGUGAAAUUGUAAAUCUUCUUCCUUUGUCCAUCUGUUUAUUAUUUUUUUAGUUUAACUAAUGAAAUUGGACACUUCUAGUACAACUACUUUUUGAUCAUUUCUUUAAUAAUCCUCAAUCUGUUGUACAAGGAUGCAUGAAACUAAUAAAUCAAAUUAUUGUUGUC